CAUACCGGUAUGACAGACCUGGCACCGGCGGAAGUGCGUUGGCAGACAGCUUCGACGCGUACGAGAACUGAUAAAUGCAGUGCAAGGCGGUGGAUUGCGUGCAUACCACACGUAUGGCGAAUAUCCUCGAUAUAUGCGGUCCACAGUGUGCCACGCAGUGCAUCUUUCGAGAACUCAUAUGGUACCACUGGGACGACCCGCGCCUGCUUACUCAUAAUUAUGGGUGCUUCCGUGAAGAGCUAGUGACCUACGAAGAAGCGGCCAAGACGGUGGAUGAUCAAGUCCUCACUGGCAUCGCGCAACCUUGUCUGACGCCGAGUAGCGCAUUCACAGUCAUCUCAGACCACCGGUGCACCCUUGACUGGCAGGGUGCCCCGAACGCGUCGGGUCGGCGUCGGGGCGCGAUGCGUCCUAGGCCUAGAGCCCAAGGCCAACAGCCCGAGUCAGCGUCGAAAGAACAUUCAGACACCAGAAACAUCCCAGAACUCCAGGGUGAUGCAAAAAUGCGCCUGCCUGCUGGAUCUUGGGGUGCUUGGUGAAAUGGACGAGGCGUGCGUGAUCGCGAACCGCGCCUGGCGCGAAAUAGGCUUUAGCAUGCGUCCGCGACCAGACCGGGGCUGCACGGGGUGGUCUGGGCCCUCCGCCCGCGGUCUGCGCAGAGUGACGGGGGUUGACU